GUUCCAGGGACAAAUCAACACUCAGAUCUCAAUAUAUUCUUCAUCCUUUUAUGUUUCCUAGCUUUUAUGCCCAAACACAUGCGUUGGAUCCUAAGAGGCAAACUUCUGCUUCAGUUAAGAUAGGUAAUCUCUCCAUCACUGUCGCCUUGAGACCACAUGAACGAGCAUUGCGGCCAGCCCACACCUAUCCCAGCCUUGAACCAUGCGCUAUAAUCAGUGAAUUUUAGCAGGGAUUUAUUGUCAACAAGCAGAUUUCCCCUUUAACCCUCAUCUCAGAUUCCUCCUCUUUACCAUCUAGGGCGGCACUUUUCAAACCAGGCGCGCUCAACAACAAACUGGGACUCCUGGUCCACUGAACAACAAGGAGGUGUCCUAGCAGCCUCACUACUUGUUUUUAUGUUCCUUGUUGCGAUUGCCUUGUGGAUAUUCCGCUGCUGGCAGGAGGGGAAAGCAGCAAAACUGUUCGCCUCGACGCAAGAGCCAUGAUCAAAGACAGUCACGGCGGGGUCACCGAAAUUCUAAGUCGAAUAAUGAAUCUAAAUCGAAAAGUUAUCGGGGCUGGAGUAAGGCAGGAAUUACAUCUGCGCCAAGAGAUGACGGAACAAGAAGGGAGUGCAAGUCGAAACGGCGCCAUCGUAGCCAUGGAAUUGAAAAGAAGAGGGAGCCGAGGAAGAAAGGGGCAACGCAGUCUUCUACACGUCGGUCAAUAUCUAGGUCACAAAAUGUAUCAACAAGCAAAUCAAUUCAAUCAGAACGCAAACUGCGGAAGGAUAACCCAACACCUCAAGAUCGACCAGGGUCAAGCAAAUCAUGCGAGACUGAGUGGAAAUACAGCACCCAAGUAUGGACGGGCGCCAGACGAGACAUUGGACAAUGACAUGCACAAACCCGGAGGGCUUCACUGUCCAGGACACAGAAAGAAAAUAAGAGGCCAUAUCCGAAUCACUGUAAAUGUUCCUGCAAUAACAAAGACGCAGGAUACCAACGAGAGAGAGAGCGUCGCCAGCGAGUAUCUUUCCAGAUCUCGUAGGAUGCGCAUCCCAUCCUCCGAUAAAACUGCUGGCAUCCUAUCUACCGUUAGUUGCGAAUUCUACUGCUACCUCUCCAGAGGAUAUCUUUUGAAUAACCGGAAUAAAUGUCUUGACAUCAACAACAUCGAAACAUCGUCAGGCACAGUCACCGCAAUCGGUACAGCAACAGUGUGCAAGAGACACAAAUGCAGGAACGGCUUCCAACGCAACAAGUGUAAUCAUGCCGACGCCGUUACAACCACAAAAGCCAAUGCAAACUACAGCGUCAUUGGUAGCCACGGUGGCGAAGAACAGCUGAAGCCCUUGAAACUGGAAGAAGGCAUGGCAAGGACGCUCAUCGAAAAAUCCCAGUGCCUUUCAACGAAGCACCCGGUGAAAGUCAAUCCUCAAGGCAACCCGCGGAAUUCACCUACGAAGGAAUGCAUAAUAAUUUUCAAAGAGCUAGGGAAGCGAUGA